UUUUCUAUUUAAAUAAACUCGUCAGUCACAAGUCUAACUGCCCAGUGCCGACUGCCGAGCACAGGGGAGCAGUACUUCACUCCUUUUUCUUCACGUUGCUAGCCGCCAGGAAGUUGCGCACGGCAGCGGCGAUUCAGUUGCUGGAUAGUUAUUGGAGGAAGCCGAAGGAAAUAAAAUCACAAAAGUCUUCAUCUUCUUCAUCAUCCGUACUUUCAUCCCGUAAUUCUCGCAUAUCAGCCCUGUUAGUAGAAAUAGCAUGUGUGCUUAGCUUUGCUAUAAUAAAAAUGGGUCAAAUAAUAUGUUCCUACUUGAGGAAAUUUCUGUGUCCUAAAGCAAAAACAAUAACAAUAACACCAAGAGAUGAUCAUCAAGCCAAUGACUUAACCAAUUCCUUUUAUAAAUACUCAUGAGAAGCAAUUAGAAAGCCACUACAUCGACAUAUAUGAUCAUCUAUUCAGGUGAGCCAAUAUCGGGUUCGAGCACCGUCGAAACCAGUGAAAGUCAUUACAACAACUUGGAUGUUCUAAUUACUCCUCACAUUGUGGUUGAUCUGAAGAAUGGUGAUGAAGAAGAUGCUACGACGACGAAGAGGAGCAAGAAUAGAAAGAAAAAGAACAAGAAUGGAAAGAAGUUAGUCAUAGAUCAUGGUGAUAAGCAAGUAAUACCAGAAAUUGUCUUGGAAAAAAAUGUUACUAAUACUGUUAUUAGUCGUUUGCCUAGUGUUCCAAAAGAAAUAGUAAGGAAGAUAGGACUGUACACUAGCGCACAGAGAAUACUACUCGUUGGUGAGGGUGACUUCUCUUUCUCCUCUUGUUUGGCUGUUGCUUUUGGUACUUCGCAUAAUAUAACCGCCACUUCUCUCAACUCCGAAGACUUUCUGAUCAAAAACUACGAGAAAUUCUUGACCAACAAAGCAGAGCUCGAGACUCGAGGCAGCAUGGUCCUUCACGGCGUUAACGCCAGGAAAAUGGCGAAACAUCCUAUUAUUGGCAGUAUGGUAUUCGAUCGUAUCGUCUUCAAUUUUCCACAUGCUGGCAAAUUUGAUAGAACUGAUACUGAACUGCGUUUACAUCAAAAGUUGCUGAGGGAUUUCUUGAAGAAUGCAAAGAAGAUGAUAGGAGAAGAUGGUGAAAUACACAUCACCUCGAAAUCAAACGGUUUUUUUCUUGAGUGGGAUAUACCAAAGAUUGGAAGUGAUCACAAACUAAAUCUAAUCCAAGUAGUUAACUUUGAAAAAAGCAAGUAUCCUGGCUAUAAUACCAAGCGUGGGUUUGGGGGAGAUCAGAACUUCCAUUGUAUUCCCAGCAAAACCUACAAGUUUGGCCUUCACUUAAAUGAAAAUUCUGACAUCUCAAAAUACUAAAAUUAAGGCUUAUGUAACAACUUAUUUGGCACUGAGGAAUGUAACGUUUUUGCUUCUUGUUUUUUCAGCAUCAAUGUAACAGGGGGCCGGGGUUAUAUCAUAUGUCCUUCAAUUUGGUUGUUGAAGUUUUAUGGAAAUAAUUAUAAUAACGAUCCUAAUUAUGGCCUGUUA